CACUGUAAUUCAUGUAGAUAAUGAAUAAUCAAUAAACACGUGUCAAAUGUGAUUGCACAACAGAAUAUCAUCAUAUCGUCAUAUCAUGAAGAUAUUAAAAAUUGCCUAAUGAUGAAACGUCCAGAAAGAAAUUCACUAAUGUUCGUGAUAAAUAUAUUAUGUAAACGAGAAAGUACACGUCUUAUAUGCUAACCUCAAGAUUAUACAAAUUGAAUGAAACACGUUUUCGAAAAGGGUUAACUGAAACGCGCAUGCGUUUCAUGUGUAUACAAUUUCGAGAUUCAUGUUGCGAAUCCCUCUCAUUUAACAAGAGAUUAUUAACCGUGAUUCGAGGACAUAAUCACAUAAAAUAACGUCGAAUCAUAAAGCUAGUGAACGAAUUAGAUGUUCGAGAGUGUACGAGAUAUCAAAUUUUCCUCAGCAGGUAAACUUUGCCUUCUCAUGACUAAGGAGGUUAGAAUACCUCAAAACGUAAGAUUUCUGUUUAUUAUUUACCGGCUAAAUAAUUCAAUUAGUAUUCAACAAGAGAGGAUGAAAUACAGUGCCUAUGUGUGUAUGUGAUCAUAUGUGAAGGAGAAAAGAGGGGAGAGAGAAACAUAACACCCCGAAAAGACGCGCGUCGCGAAACUUAUACGACGCAGAAAGAACGAGAGUGCGCGUCAGUACGUUUUACCCUGACCUCGGUCAGGCAGACAUGGUUUAAUUUAACCGGAUCCCUGCAAACUCACAGUUCAAUCUAUCUUUGUCCAGUGGCACGUUCAAAUCCUGACGACGUUCGCGAUUUAACCUCACUCUUCCAUGGGAAGGAAGGAUACACUACUUUCCCGAUAUCCCGUGUUUACCAAGAUGUUGGGACUACUUUUAUUAGUAGCCAUUCUUGGUACAUCGACGUUUGCCUAUAAUGGCGAUCUGGUGGAACAAGAGUGUCCUGUAGACUGUCAUUGUCAUUAUUUUCGCAUCAACUGGGUGACCGACUGCUCCGAAAGCAAUUUAACUAGCAUACCGAUUGACGAGCUCAGCCCGAACAUUUACGUUCUAGAUAUGAACGGUAACAAUAUCGUACAGGUCGGUCCAUUUCCACCUUCGAUCAAGCUAAGGCGUCUUCAGAUGGCACAUAAUCGAUUGACCGAGCUCAAGUAUGAAUCCUUUGCUGGAUUAAUUUAUCUACUGGAGGCGGACUUUUCAUCAAACGCGAUCUCUCAUGUCGAUCCCGAGGCAUUUAGGGACAGUCCUGGUCUAAUUUCGCUGGAGCUUCAGAACAAUCCUUUGGGCGAGGUGAAAGGUCCCUUCUUAAAUUGUCGCACUUUGCUCUACCUCGAUCUGAACUCAUGUGGCAUCCAUGACUUGAAUACGGAAUUCUUCUACAAUACUACGAACCUAAAUAAACUCGACUUAUCCCAUAAUUCACUCGGACAGAUCAAGCCCGGCCCUUUUGAUCACCUUACUAAUCUGGAAUAUCUGAAGUUAAACGCUUGCAACUUAACCCACAUCUCUCCAGAUGUGUUUGCACAUUUGGAAAACCUUCGAGAACUCGAAAUGGCGGAAAAUGAUCUACAUACAUUGAGCUGGACAAACGUAUUAGCACCUCUGAUUCGUCUUGAAUACUUGAACAUCAAAAAGACUAACAUCACCAAUUUGCCAGGCGAUGCUUUCGCAAAAAAUUUGUACCUCAGGCAGUUGGUGCUUGCUAAUAAUGAAUUGUGCCAUUUGGAUGUUGGAAACACGCUGGGCCAUAAUCUCCACAGUCUUCAAUCGUUAGAUUUAUCGAAUUGCAAUUUACAAGAUCGUCUAUCGGAAGAAGCUUUUAAAAACGCUAGCAAACUACGUGUAUUAAACUUGAGCAACAAUCCAAUGUUCGCUAAUGAAUUGACAGCCGUGUUGCGUCAUUUGCCAAAGCUUCACAAGCUUUCGUUAAGUAAUUGUAGCCUGCAACGUCUGCCUAAUACGUUCCACGUAUUCGAACACCUGGAGGAGCUAGAUAUCUCGCAUAAUCCUUUGUCAGAUGCGUUUGGUAGUUUAUUAAAUCCACUGGAAUCAUUAGAAUAUUUAGAUAUGUCUUUUUGUAAUCUUGGUCAUCUUGGAAAUAACACAUUCGCUCACAUGACUUCGCUAAAGAAAUUAAUAUUAUCCGGAAACAAGUUGCAUACCCUGGAAGAGGGAUUGUUCGCGAACUUGACGAGAUUGGAGAGUUUAGAACUGAACAACUGUGACCUGAAGACUCCCAUCGACCCCAAGGUGUUCGGCGACCGAGUCAGUACCGAUAUUAUCGAACUCAAGCUCAGUGGAAACGCUCUGGAAGUACCUCAGGAUGGUCCCCUGCUUCCAACACAAUUAUCCAAUCUCGAAAUGCUAGAUUUAAGUAACUGCAGCUUGGGACAUCUGAAUGAAAACCUCUUUUCUACAACUAGGAGUCUCACCCAAUUAAACUUAUCCAAUAACAGUAUUUCUGGCACGGAGAAUCUUGCCUCUCUAAAGAAGCUAGAAAUGCUGGAACACCUAGAUCUCAGCAACAACAGUUUGAACACUAUCUAUUCACAAGUAUUCAGAUCGAAUCCACGUCUGUUGUCGGUCAAUUUGCUGAGUAAUCCAUUCGUGUGCAAUUGCUUCAUCACGGAGAUGUGGGACUGGGCGAUACAGGUGAAGAACGAUCUGCACGUGCUAGUGGGCAGUCAGCCGGCGAAUUUCGAAACUGGUGGGGUGAAACUGAGAAAGAGUUUAUCUUGUACCUAUGACGACGAGACUUAUCGCAAGAUCGUGGAACAGGCGCGCACCAGCAGCGAGCCGCGACGUCCUAGAAAGGGUGACCUAACUCCCACCCGUACCUGGGCGAAAUACGUUCGCGAGUCGAAUUGCGGUCGUAGUUCAUGAUAUAUAGCGAGCAAAUUUCAACAUCCGAUACUGAAUGUCUAUUACGACAAGACACACGGCAAACAUAAGAGCGAGUUGUAACGUAUCUUGAAAUUGCGAGGUGUAUACGCACAUACACAUGUACAUAUGUAUAUCUAUGUACAAGGUGUGCUAUCGUCAAGUAAUUUAUCAAGAUUUUACUCCGAGGAAAGCUAACAACGUCAGCUAAGAUAGGAUUAAGGUGUGUUAGUAAUACGCGGGUGCCAGACGUCAGGAUGUUGAAAAAUUUUCUACGUGGAGUUUAGAAUAUGACCUCGUGUACGUUUCAUUUAAAUGGAAUCUGUAUUCAACCCUGUAUGGGCAUCGCCAUCUUCAUGGAAUCACGAUAAUACGGGAGAUGGUGAUCGAUCGUUCUUAGGUAGGAACGAUGACCAUCUCCGACAAACAACCCUCCUCUGUUCGAGGGAAACAUGUUUAUACGUUGAAACGGUAGUCGUAUUUUAUUGGAAAGUGGUGCAAUCCGUCUAGCGUCAGUUGGAAUGAUUAAUGCAACGAGGGGUGAUAAAGUAAAAAAAGAAAUAUUUAUCGAUCGUCUGAAUAACGGAAGGUUCUCGAAUUAUCAAUCACCCUCUUGCUUCGAGUCUCUUUUGUGUUUCACCAACACUUUUUCACAUUGAUGCCGGGAAUUAAUGGUCGAAAACCAGUCUAAGACCGUUCGUUGUUCCCAUGACAAUGGUGCCAUGUCUUUAAUUAAUCUCACUCAACGAUCGAACCAACCCUUACUCCCUUUUUCUUGCGAGAAGUUAAUAAUGUUGAACUGAAUUGACAAGUGUCGAAGGCUAGAACAAGAGAUUCAAAUGAAACGUGAAUCGAAAAUAUCGAUUGAGUCAAGAGUAAGUAUCCAUAAUAAAGUCACAAAGUUCUAGGAAGAAACCGAACUUUUAUCUGUAUGAAACCGAACAUAGAUUCUAUUUAAACGCUGAUGAACGACGUGAAGUCGUGCUAGCCUCGCGUAACCACGUCAUUGUUAAUAAUUACCAAGCCCUUACAUGCUCGUACGUACACUCUUACAUAUCUAUUGUUUUCGUAUUAUUAUAUGCGAGCGUGUGUUACGUAAGUACGAGUGUGGACAUCGCUAGGUAAUAUGAUCCGUUCAGAAACAAACUUAUCUGUUCGAAUUAUUGACCCUCGACUAGAAACGCAGUGCAGUUGAGAUUAUACGCGAUUUUAUGUAUUCUUUUGACAUUUAUUAGUUUGUGCAAUCCAGUUCGCAGAGAAUUGUUAACAGAGUUUCAUCUGUAAUAAUUAUAGCUAUAUAACAUAGAUUAGAUCUAUAGCAAUUUUUUACUUUGUUAUUCCUGUUCGUAUUCUCUUCAAUAAUUAUAAUUAGAGACUACAGAAAGAAUAUAAUCAGUAAUUUCAAAAUUCAAUAAUCAAUAUCAUGUUAUCAAAACAUUAUCUGUUUUUAGGAGACAUAUCUUUUAAUUGGAUAUGUUACUUCCUCCUCAGUUACUUUUACCACCAAUGGACAACGAAAUUAUUCAAAAAGAUAGAUUUGUUACGUUUUUUCUCUUCAAUUGUUAAUUUAUUAUUCAUGCUUUAGUUUAAUGAUGUUAAAUUAUUUUUGCUUCGCUUUACUAGUCGAGGAUCGAUUGGUGUUAUAAAAUUUAUCGUUUGUUAUCCUUUAUAUAUUUGUUAAGUUAAAUCGUUAAACAUAUUUAUUUUAGACUAUAAUUGUCGCAAGUAACGUUACUUUUCACACUUGUUGCUAAUUUUCGAUUAAUGACACACGCCAAGAGACAUUUGCUUCUUUUGAAGUUGAACUACUUUGAUGUUUGCUUGCACGGAUGUAUACUAGUGCUUUCCGUAAUCAAACGCUAUCUUCCCGUUUCAAUGAAAAUGUGCAACAAUCGCAGUGUUCUCUGAUUCUCUGGCGGUGUCCAUGUAUAAACAAAUAUGAGAUACUCUUAGAGUACUCUCAUUCCCGGGCCAUUCUUCCUUAGAUCAGACAGUGACGAUUUGAGUCUAGUUUACAUACCAAGAUGACUUUUUCGUCGAAAAAGCACAUUGCUAGCAUACCUAGUACGAAAUCAAAUAAAAUAUACGUGCAUAUUGGUCUAUAAGAGAAUAGGUAUGUAAGCGAGGUUUUUUUAAUCUUGCUGUCGCUUAAAUUAAGCAUGAGUAAAUUCAGGUGCCGAUACGAUUUCACUAUGUUCAUGAAAUGUAUAAGACUGUAUUUAAUAAAUGAGUCAUUUUUCUUGGUA